ACAUGUUCAGUGCGCGGCUGAUAAGUUCAUGCGCCAACAGAACAGCAGAGCGCUUAGGUCUGAGUCUCUGUGGUUACACGUAAACGCAGCGGAUCUUGCAUCCUGAUGGCUUUGGAAAAUCGCAUUUCGAUGCGUUUGUGACAUGGGCUGCGGGACAAGUAAAGUGCUGCCGGAGCCCCCCAAGAACUGCUACGUGGAUUUUGUGAAAUCGGUGGUGAAAUGUAACAACAAGCAAAAACUAUGUCAUGAAGAGCCCCUUAAAACAUCUGGGAAUAAAACCGAUUUCUGGGGCAUUUAUAACUCUGGGACCUAUCAGCAGCAGCAGCAGAACCAGCAUUUGCUAUGGCAGGAAGGAGUGAAACGGAACAAAGUCGCAAAAUAUAGAGCGAGGUUUGAUUCAAGAGUGACAGCCAGGUAUGACAUCAAGGCUCUCAUAGGGAGGGGAAGCUUCAGCAGGGUGGUUAGAGUAGAGCACAAGGCCACCAAGCAACCGUUUGCCAUCAAGAUGAUAGAAACCAAAGCCAAGGAGGGUCGGGAGGUGUGCGAAUCCGAACUGAGCGUGCUCAGGAGAGUCAGCCAUUGCAAUAUCAUCCAGCUCAUCGAGGUGCUGGAGUCCCAGGAGCGCGUCUAUAUGGUGAUGGAGCUGGCCACCGGAGGGGAGCUUUUUGACAGAAUCAUCGCUAAAGGCUCAUUCACGGAACGGGAUGCGACGCAGGUCCUGCAGAUGGUUUUAGAUGGAGUGAAGUACUUGCACAGCUUGGGGAUUUCCCAUAGGGAUUUGAAACCAGAGAACCUGUUGUACUAUCAUCCAGGUACAGACUCAAAGAUCUUGGUAACUGAUUUUGGAUUGGCUAACUCAGGCAAUAAAGGCGGAGACUGGUCAAUGAGGACGACCUGUGGGACACCAGAGUAUAUUGCACCAGAGAUCCUGUUGAGGAAGCCCUACACCAGUGCAGUGGACAUGUGGGCUCUCGGUGUGAUCACGUACAUUUUGUUGAGUGGAUCUAUGCCAUUUGAAGAUGAGAAUCGCACAAGGCUUUACAGAAUGAUCCUGAAGGGAAAGUACAGCUUUGCUGGUGAUCCAUGGUCCAGCGUUUCCAACCUAGCUAAGGACUACAUCAACAGGCUGUUGACAGUUGACCCAAGCGAACGCAUGACUGCGACCCAGGCACUGAAGCACCCGUGGAUCGUUACCAUGGCAGCCUCAUCCUCCAUGAAGAACCUCCACCGCUCUAUCUCCCAGAACCUGAUGCGCCGGGCGUCCUCCCACUGCCAGAGCUCCAAGUCGGGACAGUCCAGUCGCUCUAGUCGGUCUCGCCGCAUUUGGGAAAAGGAAAUCCUGGAGCGCAACCUGAAAUACCAGCCCCACUACGAGCAACAAUGAUUCCACGAGGGGGGCUUUUUAAAGACAUGACUUUCAAAGUCAAAUAGGACCAGAACUGGCUCCGAGGCAGUUGAGAUCCGAGUUCUUCUCAGAUUAGAAGAUUCUUAUAAUUUGAGACACCCAUUUACACAAGAGCAUAGUAUGCAAGCGCACAGCCCGUGAACUGUAAUGCGUACCCGAGGGCGUCAUAUUGACCACCCCGUGAAGCGUGAAGCCAAUUCCCAUCCCCAAAGCACAGAGGAAGUGUUUAAAUCAACAAGCCUGUCAUUUGUGUCACUUGUGUACUUCUACUUCAAGGUGGUCAUUCCAGAUUAAAUUUUGCCAUUAGAAAUGGAGCGAUGCAUUGAAAACUUGCAUAUCGGACAUUAAAAGAAAGCGGUCUUAUUACCAUCAGUCUGACAUCUCUUCUUAUACGGGAAUGUAAAUAGUAACUCCCAUUUAUUCUAUUACCCAUAAAAAAUGUGUGCUAUUCAACAAAAACAAAACAUUUAUAGCUAAAAAGAAACAUCUGCAACUAUCAAUAAUGUACUCUUCUCCACCCAGAACUCAAGUUUAUAGAUCCGCUAUUACCAUUUAAUUACACGACACACAUAAUCAGAAUUAUUACAUUCAUAAUGCAUAAGAUUGUUUAUUUUAUCUUGAAUGGUGCUAAUACAACCUAAUAAAUUACUCUGUUGUUAACUUGCUGGUCACACUGAUACUGUUUUAUACUUAAAAAAAUGUGAAUGCAAAACUGGGACAAUUUAACAAUUUAACCUUUUUCCGACCGGGACCAUAAAUGAAGGCUGAAAAUUGGUACUGUCUAGUAACCCUAUUCACAUCACGGCACUUUGAUGAUACACUUUGAAAAAGCCUAUACAUUGAUUAAACCUCUUCGUACUUGCGGCUUUAUUUUUCAGAUUGUGUAUUUGGUAGUGUGGUGAUGCGUAUAAUUAAACAAGCUCUCUGCGAAGGUCUAAAAGCAUGUUACUUUUAAAUAUAUGACUGUAUUUGCCCGGUGAAGGAAACUUUUCAUUUUCAUAGCGACGUCACUGUAAUGGUUUGUUUAAUUCUCGAUAGAUCUACCCACAAAACCAAACAUUUCCUUAGUAUCAAAAUACGAUCACAGGUUACGUCUGUAGAUAUGUGUGAAAAAAUGUUUCUGCCAAUAAAGUUUCAUGACAACUAGGCUGGUUUUACAUUUAUCCCACAAGAAUUAUUAAAUGUCUUUC